AGCGAGGCGUUAGUAAGUUACAAUUGGAGGGCAGAGGUGGGUCCCGCCUCCUUCGUCCCCACCCUUCCUCACAUCAAUAAUUGUUCUCUCCACCUCUCUCUCUCUCUCUCUCUCUCUCUCUCUCCUCUGAUUCCUCCGCUGAAACUUUUCUGCAAGAUUUUAACAGAAGAGGGAGGCCAACCUCGUCCAGGAUGCUCGACCGAAGCCCUUUUCGUCUUCUCUCCACCCUCCUCUUCCUCCUCUCCGUCUCCGCCGUACACACGGGAGAUGCAUCACUGGAGACACCGACGAGCGCUUACGAAGUUCUCCGCCUGCACGGUCUCCCGAUCGGACUUUUCCCUAAAGGCAUCCAAGACUUCCGCAUAGGCAACGAUGGCCGAUUCGAGGUGCAUUUUCCGGAGGAAUGCACGGUGAAGUUCGAAACGGCGAUCCGCUACGAGCGCAACGUCACCGGAACUCUCUCAUACGGCCAGAUCGCCGCCAUCUCCGGCGUCACGGCAAAGGAGCUCUUCCUCUGGUUCCCUGUUCGAGUUAUCCGCGUUGAUAUCCCCAGUACUGGUGUCAUCUACUUCGACGUCGGUGUUAUCUACAAACAGUUUUCCCUCUCCCUCUUCGAGACUCCUCCCGAUUGCUGCCCUACUUGCCGCGACCGAAUUCUUCAGCGUGAUCGCGAUGAGGAAGAUGGCGUGAGGGCAGUGGUAUGAAUUCCAAUGUGUGGAGUCUGGAGAGAGUUCUUCCUUUCAUUCGCUGUGAGCAGGGCGUUAGGGAUCGCUGCUAGGGUUGAUUCGAUUUCUGAAGCUGAGGUGUGUUUGUGUAUAUUGAGUCUGUGUGCUUGCGAUGUGGUACAGAGAUCAAAUUUUGGCCGCGUUUCGGUCUCGCCGGAGUUCUCUGCAGGGAAGCCGAAGAGAUCGUCCAGAAGCUCGAGAGGGAAAACGCUGAAAGGAAGAGCAGUUGGGUUUGAUGGCUGUAAUUUCCGUUAAAAUAUAAAGGAUUUACAUUUCUUA